CAUUCACAUUUCUGACCUGGAAUAUUUCACUUCUUCAGACAUGGAAAGAAGGGACAGAGGAGUACCACAGCCAGUCCAGACCCACUGUGCUCCGCCUGUUUUUGGAUUGUGGCGUGCACCAGUGUUUCCACCUGCAAACAGCAAAGACAGAACACAAACGGGACAGGGUCAUGAUGUGGAGGAAAGGGCUCCCAGAUCGCUUGUGCACCCUCUUCAUGCAGCUCUUCUCUCAACUCAGGAUAAGAUCAAGAAGCUGACUAAUGAGAAUGACUCUCUGAGGAGGGAGAAUGCCAGGCUGACUCUGAAGGAGCUCGGUUCUCCUGAGGAUAUGCAAGAACUGAGUAGACUUUACACCCAGGCUAAGACGGAGAAGGAAGAAAUGGAGACCAGGAUGAAGAAGAUGGAAGAGGCCUUCCAAAGGGAGAGGAAAACCUGGGAAGAAGUGAGCAGACAACAGCUGGGAGAAAGACUGGGAGAUAGAAGUAGUUUGAGGAUGAAACUGUUGGUUGCUCAGACACACAUCAACCAGAUGGAAGAAGAGGUAAGAGAAUCCAGGAAAGGAAUUCAAGAAGGAAGAGGACAACUGGAGACAGAGAUCACCUCUCUGAGAAAGGAGAAUGCUGUCAUGGAAGAUCAUUGGAGAGAGGUGAUCAGAGACACAGAGGAGGAUGCUACAACAAAACUGAAGGUAUCAGAAGAAAAGUGGCAGAGGAGAGUGAGCCAGUUGGAGGAGGAGAUACAGGAGAAACGAAGCUUUGUCUCCAGUUUGAUUGACAAAAUGCUGGCUCUCAGAGAAGAGCACAGACACACCGUGACCCUGUUGAGCCAGAGUGAGAAGAAAUGGGAGAGGAAAUGUAACGUUCUGGAGGAGAGCUUGAGGAAGGAGCUGGCUGAAAAGGAGGAGAGCUGGCAGAAAAGAGUGCAGGAGAUGGAGAGAAAGAGCGAGAUGCAGAUGUGGCUCCAAACAGAAGAAGAGUGGAGACAGAAGACAAGUGCACUGGAGGAGGAGAUCACACAGCUGAUCAAAGAGAACACUCAGCUUCAGAAGCUCGCAGGUAAGAAGAAGAAGAAGAAGAGAAGGCAGUGGUGGUGGAGACACUGCAGGUUAAGAAGGAUACAGCGAAGCACAGGUAGUAUGUUGGGGGAGACAACUAUCCCUCCAACUCAGGCCACAGAGGAGUAAACCCAACCAGUCCAGGCAGACGGGCGCACACCCACUAUGGAAUGAGCCCUACGUGAAAAGUUUCCUGAGAUAACUUCUGCUAUGAUUUGGUGCUAUAUCAAUAAAACUGAGUU